GCAUGGUAUGAAUGAUGAUUUGGUAAACACAAUCGUUCCCCUGAUGCAUCAACCGAUUACACGAUGGCCCUUCUUUGCCUUCUUAGGCGGAGCCAUGUUCUGCUUGCUAGCUAGCAGCACAUGUCACCUUCUCGCCUGCUACUCCGAGCGCCUUUCCUACAUAAUGCUGAGACUGGACUACGCAGGUAUUGCUGCUCUCAUUGCAACCUCAUUUUACCCUCCUGUAUACUACUCCUUUAUGUGCAGCCCCUUCUUCUGCAACCUUUACUUGGGCAUCAUAACAGUACUAGGAGUUGCUACCGGUAUAUUCUCUCUCCUUCCAAUGUUUCAGAGACCUCAGUUCAGGAAAUUCCGAGCUUCCCUUUUCUUUGGAAUGGGGAUGUCAGGCAUUGCACCUAUAAUGCAUAAGUUGAUUUUGUUCAAGAAUCAGCCUGAGGCAGUACAAACUACAGGAUAUGAAGUUUUGAUGGGAACAUUGUACGGGCUUGGAGCAUUAAUUUAUGCUACUAGGAUUCCCGAAAGAUGGAAGCCGGGUAGGUUUGACAUUGCCGGACACAGUCACCAGCUUUUUCAUGUCUUGGUCGUGGCAGGAGCUUACACGCAUUAUCAUGCUGGGCUUGUAUAUCUCAGGUGGAGGGACUUGGAAGGUUGUUGAUACAAAUCAAACUUUCUGGUAUAUACUCUCUUUGCUUUUGAAGAUCUUAUUUAAUGAAAGAAUUUCAAGAGUCAUAAAUGAAAAAAGUUUGGGAAUCCUUACAAUGGUGAGUCUCAUGUGAUAAUUUUUUCUUUUGUCACGACAAGAGCUUCUUGAGAGGCUAAUCCAUUUUUAAACAAGU